AUGGAAAGUUCAUGUGAUGAUAUGUUUGCAGCAAUGAGUAUUUCUCAGGAGGUGCCAAACGAUUUGGUUGUGGAUGAAGUAUCUUAUGAAGUGAAGAAUGUUUGUGAUUUGAUGAAUGCUGUGUUUUUCGAAGCGGUUGUUUGUGAAAUUCGGAGAUUAUUGAAGGAGAAAUGUCCAGGCUGCGAAGUCGAUCAUCCGAGUCAGAGGAGACGCCGUAGGUUCGAUUCCUACCAGAGGACCUUGUGCAGCAUUUUUCGCAGUCGUUCCUGGUUAGGUCUUAAAAUGUAUAUAUUCUCACUUGGAUUACAAACCCUAACAUCCUAAUAUUAUGUUGUCAGACGGGGAGGGAUGGUUACUGCAUGGUUUGGAGGCAGUGGAGCGUGUGAUUGAACGUGGAAUUGUGAAGAAACAGUUUCUUGAAGCUAUUCGAGUGAUGAAAUUGGAAUAUUACGGGCGUGCGAAAGAACAUUAUGCGAACUUGAUAAAAGAUCGUGAAGUAACACUUGAUUUUUUGGGGGAUUUGAGAGGAAGUUUUUCUGAUUAUGAACCCAUUUUGAGCUACCUAAUGUAUUGGAGCGAAGAACAUUGUGCAUAA